GAGCAGCAUUGUGUAGAUAUACUCAUUAACGGGGCGUGAAGUGUGCAGAGAAGAGACAUGUCAAACACACAUGAGACAACGAACCGGAACAACGUCGCUGCUCCACUCAGCGUUGCAGAUGAAGUGAGGAUGAGGAGGAGAAAAGCUCAAUGGCUGGUUUUAGGCAUGUUAAGUUUGUCUUUGCUCAUUGUUGCGUUGGGCAUCUACACCAGCACACGUACCGAGAGUGUCAGCAUCACAGGAUACACUUCAGGGAUUGUCUUGGCGUUAGGAUCAUUCUUGGGUGUUCUUGGAUUAUUCCUGGAGGAAAACCGCAGACAGCUGGUAGAUAUCACCAUUUGGUAGCAGCCAUUGUGUUCCUGAGUUUUGGCAUAAUUACCAGCUUUCUGUGUCUUGUGGUCGAUGGCGUUUUCAUCCUACUUACUAUUGAUAUGCGUCCAAUGAAGGCAGGAAGAUGCCAGUUCUACACCAGUGGAAAUAGUUACAUCUAUGAGAACUACUAUGCCACAGUUCCCUGUCAAGGGCUAACAGAGUCCUGUAGUUUGAAGGUUCGCAGUGGAACAUGCUACUGUUGUGACUUAUAUGACUGUGCUAAUGGAGGAUAUCUGGACAAUUUCUAUGAGUUUGUUGGUGUGCAGAGCUGUCAAGAGGUGCUGUCUCUGUAUGUUCUCCUCUGGGUCCUGACCUGCCUCCAGCUGCUGGCCUUCAUAGUGGGAAUCCUGACCACCGCUGUGUUGGGCAGUAUCAAAGACAUGAAGAGUGGGGUGGCUUGUCCUGAUGUGUCUCAGUGGGGGGGCUCAUCUCUACUCUCAUUUGAGGGGGGCAACUGCUUCUCUCCAACUGCACCCCUGCUGAUGGACCCCAACUCACACACCGGAGCCCAGCUCUACCCUAGGGCUUCACUCUAUGUUUCUCCAGCAGCCCAGACACCAGCAGAAUCCAGUGUUCCUCAGAGAACAUCAUCAGAUACAUCCCAUACACAACCCAACCCUCCUCCUUUUGCCCCCCUCUACAACCUUCUUCCCUACAAAACCUCCAGCUUCACUGCCUAGAACUUCCAGCUUCUCUGAUACCAGUCUGUGAUCCAAAUGCAAACCAAACCUAACACUUGACUCUCCUAAAAGUCAACAUGAAAUCAAAAUGGACCCUAAUUGCUCUAAUCUUAAUAAAUGUUCCUGGUCUUAUUUUGCACAGUUUAUCAGUGCACAUGAUUCUAAAGGAAGAAAAGUUUGAAAAGUGUAAGUUUUCAUAAUCUGUCAUCAAAAAAACUGCUUUUCUGCCGAUGUCACCAAGGCUGUAUGGGUGGGGAGAAAUAAUAUUAACCAAUCAUAUCAUUGCAUUUCAAUUGCAAUCCAAUGAAAUCCUCAUGUCGCCCUACAUUAUUUCCUGAUGCAUUUUCUGUUGCACUCGGAAAUACAUCACAUUAAAUGUGUUGGGAAUGUACAUAUUGAAUAUAAUAAGUUGUAGAAUUAAAAUAGGUCUCACUAUGGCUGUUGAAUAUAAACACAGCUCUAAUUUAUCACACUAUGUCAUAAAGGGCUAAAGCUCAUACAGUAACUCAAAUGAUUAAACUCAGUUGUAGACUGUGUCAGUUUUAAUUAACAUACCAACUAAUAUUUUCAUUUGCUCAAUCUGUUUAUUUCAUAGUUUCAUCACUAUGUUUUUCUGAUGCAACUUGAAUAUUUACUGACAAUUUAAAAGCACUUUUUAAAGCAAGGGAUAGGAUGUGUGAAUUUUUGUUUUAUAAAAAUAAUUUUCUCUGUUAUAUAUGUUUUUUUGGAUUUUAUACAUACUGUAAAAUGUUCUUGUACUAAAGAGGGAGUUUUGGUGUUGAGUUUUGAGUGCAUCUUUGGGUUGAACAUUUUUAUAUUUUAUAUUAAAGUGUGUCCUUGGCAGUAUAUAAAUAAAUAAAAACAAGUCUUUACUCUCAUAAAAUUAUAUUUGGAGGCUGAUAUUAAAAUUUCAGUCUGUUUUA